CGAGACCAUGUCACAUUUGUUAUUCCACAUUGGUCCAUUAAAGUAAAGAAGACUGUGAUAUCCAGAAACCUUAAGGUUAUGUUGGAGAAACAAAGCCUUUGAAUAGGUAUUAUAAUCUUCUCGUUUAAAUAAUUAAAUAGGCUAUUAAUGUUUACUGUUGUCCUCGUAUUUUGUAAUUUGGAUGUAACACUUACUAUACCUGAAGCGGCAAGAUUUGGAAUUUGUACAAAAAUUGACUUUUAUUGUUAUUAUAUAAAGGGCUGCCACGAUAUAUGUAAAAGAGAUGAAACGAUUCGAAAGACAAGACAUUUGGAAGAUAAUUUGACAGAAGACUGUGGAUAUACUAAAGAAAUGGCGAGUAGUUCCAGUUUAGAUGGUUUGUACAGACCAAGAAGUGCACUAGCUCGCGCUCUGUAUGAAAAGCAAAGAAAUGAUAGGAGACUUCAAGAAUAUGAUCACAGUGAGUGGUACCGGGUAGACAAGAAUCGGAUAAGCCCUGAACUACAGGAAAAGUUUAUCCAGUUGGACCCUGAUGAAGAAACGAGGGAGUUCCUCUCUGCUUCCAUCGAGAAGUCCACGUGGGUCUGGACGCAAAUAUGGUACCUGCUGGCGAAGGCUAUUCUCAAACAUUUCUGGUCUGUGACCGAUAUCAAUGGGUGGCUCAGCCGGGGCUCUAUGUUCGUGUUGUCUGAGGCGCAGGCGCGCACGUUGCUUAACAAGCCGGAGUCUCCGUCCGGCGUGGCCGCCGGUGCGGCGGGUGCGCUCGUCGACGUCGGCGCGGGCGACGGCGAGGUCAGUCGCCGGUUCGCACAUCUCUUCGGCACCAAGUACGCCACCGAAAUCUCCGCAAGCAUGCGAAAAGCUCUCGUCAGUAAAGGCUUUACGGUCCUGGACACGGAUGACUGGUGGCGCGGGCAGCGGUUCGAAUGCGUCAGCAUGCUAAACUUACUGGACCGCUGCAGCAAGCCAAAGACCAUGCUACAGCAAGCGCGUACCGCUAUUUCGCCUGGUGGCACUCUUUUAUUGGCGCUGGUACUUCCUUACAAGCCCUACGUCGAAGUAACUCCAGACCACAAACCAGAAGAACGUCUUCCGAUCCAAGGCGCUAACUUCGAAGAGCAAGUUACGGCCUUUGUCGAUUUUAUGCGGAAAGAAUUAAGCUUCGAGUUGCGAUCAUGGACUAGGGCCCCCUACCUCUGCGAAGGCGACUUCUCACAGGCAUAUUACUGGCUUGACGAUUCCGUAUUUGUCUUUACACCUACUGCCAUACCCUCGGAAUCGUAAAUAGACUUAUUAGAUAUAUAGAGUUGACUAACUUAGAUAAGAAAAGUCAAUUAACUAAGACCAACCCUUAUAUUUUGUCUAUAAAAUUACACUGGACUUUGUUUUAAUUAACUGAAGAAUGAAUCGCUAGGGUUGUUAUAGUACAAAAGUGAAAAUCCUUUUUCAGUGUUGUCUUGAAAAAUUACAGGGAUUUAUGGAGACCAACAUUUAGGCCGGCUUAGCAAUAAUUUAAGGACAUAAAUUGCUACUAAGGUAUUUAUCUAACAACUUCUACCAACUUAAAUUUCCUUACAUACUUUUUGUUGGUUGUACUUGGUGGUAUAAGUAAGACUGUUACAGAUCUUCACAUUCACGAUCUUGCCGUACUUCUUUUACAUUAGUUCGUACAUGCUUGUUUAUUCCGAGCAACGACCGAAAGAGGUAACCGUAAUAGGCGUUUCAGCUCUGCAAAAACAACCACAAUACGCAUACGUAUAAGGUAUAACUUACAAUGCACUACUAAACUUUCGUUACCAGCAAGCUAAACAAACUUUUUUAUUAGGAAACUUAUAUAGGUACCCUCUUUCGAUUUCUGAUUUUCCAAAUACUUUGUCGAUUUUUUCCCUGGCUUUUAUCUAUAAAUCAUCCGUUAAUUUUCUAUAAUAUAUUUUCACGCUUAAAUGUUCACACACAAAACUAAUUUGUAAUAACUAUAAAUGUAAAUUGGUAACACUGUAGUGAAUUUUACAACAUUACAUUCCUUUUUAAAUAUUUGUGUGAUAACGGUAAGUAACCGUGAGAGAAACGAAAUCGAUGUAUCUACCUCACUAAAAUUGCAAUUGAAAUAUGCAAAACUAUACUAUGAACGUGUAAUUGUAAUAAGUCAUAUAACGUUAACGGAUUUUUUCAUCGAAUAUGAUUAUUCUAAUCGACAUUUUCAUCGAUAGCAUAAAUUUAUUAAAUAUCGUAUUAUCUAAUGUACAAUGUGGCGUACUUUUUAAUACGCUAUCAAUGAGUAAUUAAUGCCUAAUUCUAUCGUAUUUGUGCCGUCUUGCAACAUUGUGAAGUGUUGUUUGUGAUUCUCGUCAAGUGCAGUACAAUUUUCCUUAACUCCAAGUUUCGGAGUUAAGGAAUUUGGGAGGGGAUAUUAUUAAGGAACGUUUUCAUUCGGUUAAACGUCAGUUCAAAUUUAACUAAGUUCAAAUUUUAAGAAAAUAACGACAUUUGAGAUCAACAGGUGGUCGAGUGGCUGACACACCAAUUUUCAUGGUGUCGCCGUCUCUAAGGUCCCGGGUGCGAUCCCCGGCCGGGUCAAUAUAAAAAAUUAACUUUCCAAUAUUGUCUUGGGUCUGGGUGUUAGAGUACCGUGGCUGUUUACUUACUUUGGAAUCAGAGCAAAGUAUGUGAUGUUGUGUUGUCUAAUAUGUAUUCAAGAAAAAGGUCCCGUAAUUUAUGUAUGGAAUGUCACUGCGUAACUUUAAGUAAAUAAUUAUAUCGAAAGGGCAAACUUUGAUUUGCAGUGGUGAACUGAUGAACGAAAAAUGAUAAUGUCAAACAUAUGUCAAAUAAUAUUUUAGGUUACAACUUAUUCCAAAGCUUGGACUUUAGUAAACCGUACUGCGUGUAACUAAGACAUUCCUUCCUUAUAAUAAUUUGGGGACCCAUAAUUUGAACUAAGCUAUAGUCGUCUAGAUUACCAUGGUACAAAAAAGGAUGAGAAAUCAUAAUUCUACCUAACAUAAAUUUCAGAUCCUAUUUAUCCUUGCUAAUGGCGUCGUCCGCUAUAAUUUUUAUAUUAUUUUUACAAAACUAAAGUAAUUUUUACUUGAUAUUGGCGAAAUCGUCGAUUAUUUCGAUGGGGCAAUAUUUAAAAGAACAGAACAUAAGUUUCAGUUUUUUUUUUUUGUGACAUUCUGGAAUUACAAAAUAGCUUUGAUCAUUAUUUAAUACCAUUCAUGUUUUAAGAUUUAUAGAAUUUUAUAGUUGGCGUGUAUGUGAUUUUAAAAUCGUAACAACUAUUAAUAUAUCUACGUAAUUUGUCUCUUAAUAUGUCAGCUGCUCUAAGUUUACUAUUAAAAUAAGUAAAUGUUAAUUAUGUUUUAAAAUUAAGUGAAAAGGUGAAGGUGCUUUCUUAGUAAUUUUUUUCUUAAUUGAAUGUCGUGUUCAGU